AUUCAAACUAUGGAGACUCAGAGUAAGAGACUCAAAAAUGAAUCUAUUGGCUCGAACUACACUUUCAGAGACAAGGAAGGCAGACUUAUGAACACGAAUGAGAAAGGUAGCUCUACUGAUAGAGAUCCACAUGAUGAGUAUGAAUCUGAAACAUUUGACAGAGAAGAUGAGAGGGAUUCUUCCUCACAAUCCCAGACAAACGAAGAACAGCCAUCGAUGAUUACAGAAUCUGAACUGAAAAGUAUUGACCUCAAUGUUCUAGGAGAGUGAUAUGUUCCCUCCUCAGACCUCUUUAGUGACAGUAAAGAAAAUGACAUAAAUGAAGAGAAUGAUGGUGAGGUUUCACAACAAAGUCAAACAGAAAACCAUCCAAAAACAAAUACAAGAAAUUAUGAAAUCAUUAAUAAGAGGAAUAAAGAUGGAGAGAAGAUUAAUUCUAUGGACUCUCAAAAGAUCAAUUCUAUGCUUCAGAAGUCUAUUGAUAACUUCAUCUAUGAGACUGAAGACAUACUUCGAUCUAAGCCACCAUCAAAAGCAGGGUAUAACACAAAUUCUGGGAAAGGACACCAAGAUCAAGCUGAAUUUGAGAAGAAUAUCAGGAAUUAUAAUUCACAACAACCAAAUAUGCCAAGAAGUUUAUCUCAAAAAUAUAAUUAUAAGAAGGCUCCUAUUGGAGAUCCUGAUGUGAAGUAUGUUCAUGCAAGCCCGAUGAACAGUGGAUCAAAGAGAUUUGUAUAUAAGAAGAGACCACAAAUGCAUCCAACACCCCCUCGAUCUCAAAAUACAGUUAGUAGAAGACCUGAGAAUUACCAAUACUCAUCAUUGUUAAAUCCCCAUCCUUCAAAUGGAGAUGUGUAUUAUGUUCAGCAUCAGGAUGGAGUAAAGCAAAAUCACCAUUAUUCAUUCAAUGGGCCAAGAAGGUCGGAACAACACCAAGAUAAGUACAUUCUGCAACAGCCUGGAGGUAUUUUCCACAAUGGGAAUAAUCCUAGUUAUGAUGAGAAUGCUCUACCUUCAAAUUUGAACAGGAAUAUGCCCUUUAGCCACCAAAACUUGCAGGGAAAUAACUUUUCUCCUGAGUUCCAGAACCCAAAUGAUGAGCCAGAGUAUGAACCUAAUGUACAAAAUCCAAGAAUAGGCACCUCGAUGACCCCGAUCAAUCAUUCUAUCAAAGCUACUGUAUCAACAGGGCAGAUUCAUAAAAAUCGACCUGUAGCUGCAAACUAUCAUGAGAAUAAAUCUAUCGAAUUAGACUACUACAGGAAUUCUUCUUCCCAAAAGACUCCUUUUAAUAACACUCAUAAUAAAAGGAGGUCGAACCAAACCAUCCAAGAGGAACAAGAGAGCAGGGAGAGCCCAGAAGAGAGUAAGAUUCAAACCUCUCACCACAAAAAUUACCCAGAAAGAUCUGGUGAUCAGAUGGAAGAAGGAUUUGUAGCUGAUGAAACUGUGUAUACCUCCAACCCUGGAGUCAGCAGGGCUCAAGGCCCUGAUGACUUCCAAAGUGCGAGGAAGACCCAAGUCCAACAGAAGCAUUUCGACUCUUUCUCCAACAAGCUUGGAGAUUUCUCUAAGGAGGAGUCGCCUGAGCCGAAAAAUGCAAAUCUACAUUUUGUGCUGAUGAAUCUCCAGGAGAUUUUAGCCAGGAAUAAGAUCCCUGUGAAUCAAAAUCCUAGUGAUAGUUCUCCAGAUACCAUUAUCAAAAUAGUCGAGACUAUCUCUCAUGAGCUUCGGCUCAAGAGAGAUAGAGUCGAGAUACUUGAAAAUGAAGAUAUAGAGAAAACCAAAACACUUGAUUUACUUAAGGACAAGAAUGAUGAUCUCAUGAAAGCCCAUCAGAAACUCCAAAGAAGGUACGACGAACAGGACCAAGAGCUUGAACAAAUUUUGAGAGGCAGAGAAAAUGAACUAGAAGAGUUCCGUGAAAAAGAAGAUGCUGAGAAGCAGGAACUUCAGUAUGAAAUAGAGAAUUUGCAGAGCAGGAAUAAACUACUUGAGAGGAACUAUAAUGAGAUGGAAAAUGAGCUAGCUAUUACUAAUAAGAAUCUAAACAACUUUAGGGCUGAAAAUGACAAUCUACGGUACAAACUUAGACAAAAGGAAGACUCUAUCUUUCAAAAUAAGCUAAUCAAGGAUAAGGCAAAUUCAAGUUUUGAAGUUGAAACGAAUCAUCAGAAUAUUCUAUUCUACCAAAGAAAGGAAGAAGAAAAGGCUAAUAACCGUAAUCCGAUUUAUACAGAAGAAUCAGAGGACUUUUCUAGAGAAGGAGGGUCUGGUGAUAAGAAAUUCAAGAUGCAGAAAGGAGAGAUUUUUGAUCAGUAUAACCCCUCUAAAGAAAUUAGAGAGAUUCAUAAGUUCUUUAAAGAUAUGAAUGAGCUCUUCUGACCAUAUAAAGACUGAGACCAUGAUGAGCUUAUGGAAAUCAUCAAGGAGAAAUAUGGAAUUUUACUACAGAGCGAAGACCUGAUUGGAUUGAAAACACAAUUAGAGAUCAUACUUGGACUUCCCAAAAACUGUGCUAAGCAUUUAAUUCUCAAUAAAAUCAAAAAUAUGGUGACUAGCAACAAUGGUGCUGGUAGCUCUCCAGAAAUUGGUAUGUCAAUAGAAGAUACAGAAAAGUUAAACAACUCUGAGCUCCUGGUAGAGAUAAAUAUGCUUUUUGAUUCAAUAAAAUCAUCUCUAAAACUACCAAAGACCACUAACUACACACAAUGCUUGAAAGCAAUGAAGAAGAUAGUAUCCAAGAGAACAUUCAAAGCCAAUGAUCGCCACGAGAAGCGUAAAACAAAGAACAAGUAUCAUGCCUCAAAGGUUGCUCUAAACAGUACCAAAAUUGACUUGUCAAAGAAUCUGAGCUUCAAGAAGAAAGCUUCUCCUAGCAGAGAGAUCAGCCCUGCUGCAAUGUAUUCUGGCCCUUCUUCAGCAAGAAACAAUUCAAAGUAUUCUAAAAUAGUAUAUCCUUCUGUGCCAUUUGGAGAGGUACCUACUACCAGGUUACAACCGACUCAAAAAAUCAAGAGGCCGAAAAGGGCCAAGAAGGGUUCUACAAGCACAAGUGUUCAGAAGAGGUCUCCGAUAAUAAAGAAGACAAAAGCUGUUAAGUAAUUAUACAUCCAGGUCAAUAUUCCUGCAGAA